GUUCAGUGUGCGUGACAGAGGAGCCAUGUACAACCUCGGGAUUGAUUUUGUAUCUUAAAACAAUGUGAAAUUUACAAAAGAAGAAAGAUCUACGAUUUCACGUGUCGAAAUCUAAUAAUCUGUUUCACUUUUAUAAUUUUCACUUUGUUUCAAGAUUGAUUUACACAAUCGAUUUCCUGACGCGCGCUGCUGGUUGACGAAUGAUCCAGGGAGUAAGAAAAAUGUCACGAUGCGACUGCUAGGUUUGCGAAGGUGUGGAAAAAAAAUAAUGCGCUAAGAGUAAAAAGAAACAGCAGGAAAGGUAUCUAUAGUGAAGUUAUAUCUAUUUGAAUUAUCAUCGCCGACGAUCUAAAAUCAUAAACAACGUCUUGCCUGGUCCAAGAACAUUGCCGGUUAUUGGGAAUGCUUACUGUUUGUUUCGCCGAAGUCCGAACGAAAUAUUGAAUAUUCUUACUAAAUGGGCAGAAGAUUAUCCGUCUCCAUUCCAAAUUUGGAUGGGUAACAAAUUAUUCAUUUUCGUAAAUGAAUCAGACCAAAUAAAGACAAUCUUACAAAAUAAUCAAAAUAUUUGCUUAAACAAAAGUAAAAUAUACAAUUUUUUUAAACCAUUAUUGGGCAAAGGAAUACUCACAGCUCUUGGAUUAGAUUGGUAUGCACAACGAAAAUUAAUUUCGCCAAUCUUCUCUAAAACUAAUUUACUAAGAUUUUUUGAUAUAUUUGUGGAACAAUCUUUAACAUUAACGGACGAAUUAGAAAAUGUAAGACUAAAUAACAACAAGAUUGUCUUUUUUGAGUAUAUAUCGAAGUGUACUUUGGAUACUGCAUGUGUUGCUUUGAUGGACGUCAAAGUAAACUCAUUAAAAAUCAGCCAAUUUCUCGAAACAAUGACAAGACUCAAGAUUAUUGUUACAAGCAGAGCAAAAAAUUUAUUUUUAUAUCCUGACUUUAUAUUUAACUUAACUUCUGCUAGAAAAAAAUGUCAUAGGGAUAUAAACUUCAUACACAUUUUUAUAGAUGAGAUAAUAAAGGCUAAUAAGACACGUGAACUUAUUGUUCGAAAUAGAGGUAAAACGUUUUACGAUAUUCUAAUGGGAGUGCCUCGUAGAGAAAAUUACAUGUAUGAUGAUUUCACGAAAAUAUUUAACAAUAACAUACUAUUUAUGUUAUUAGCGGCCAGUGAAACAACCGCUAUUACUUUGAACUUUGUCAUCUUUAUAUUAGCAAAUUUCCCAGAGACACAAGAAAAAGUAUAUAAAGAAUUACGAGAAAUUUACGGAAUCAAAGCUCCAAAAUCUACCCGAAUAAAAUAUGAAGAUUUACAACGUAUGAAUUACUUGGAAAAUGUCAUUAAGGAAACUCUGAGAUUAUUUCCUGUUGGUCCACUAAUUGCGCGAGAGCUAACUGAGGAUAUAAACAUCAGAUAUCAAACAAGAGAGAUUAUCUUACCCAAAGAUGCUGAUGUUGUUAUCCAAAUAAUGACGGCACAACGGAAUAAAAAGUAUUGGCCCAAUCCGUUAGUAUUUGAUCCGGACAGAUUCCUGCCUGAAAAUAUAAGAAAGUCUGAUUCGUUUUACAUGCCAUUUAGUUUAGGAUCUAGAAAUUGUAUGGGUGAGAAAUAUGCGAUGAUUUUAAUGAAAGUUUUUCUAUCAACUUUGGUACGAACAUUUGUAUUUAAAAUAGAUGAGAGCAUUCAGAUAGAUCAAAUUGAUUUACAUUAUAACUUGUUGCUAAAUUUUGCUAAACCUAUAAAAAUUAGAAUUGAAAAACGAGAUCUUCAUGAAGUAAGCAAAAUGCGCGCAAUAUUCUAGUAGAUUGGCAACAGAUUCUCUCAAUUCUUGCUCGCAAUUAACCUUUGUUAUAUUCGCAUUUAACUUAUA